UAUAAAAGACAUUUAGAUAUCAUUAAACCAUGUUUGAAGACGCUCAUAGCACGCCCCGUUUACUUCGGUUUAAAAAAAUCCAUUACUACUUGGUUCCAGCAAUUUCACUAAUAGUAUGGUGGGGGAUGUUAAUUGCAAUGCUUACUUGCUGGGGUGCUCAAGGUCGCCCAAUUUAUAAAUUUAUGGGUGGUGUUCAUCAAGAUCCAGUUUAUAUUAGUGAUAUUGGUGCUACUAAUUUGCAACCUUUAUUUAUUGCUUGUGCUGGGUUCCAAGGGAUUUUUUUCGUUGGGACACUUUUAUUGGAAUAUAUCUUACGGAGGAAGAUUAAAUUGCAACCUUAUGUUUCCAAUAAACAACCAAUUUUUGCAAUUGUUUCAAUUGUUUGUGCAGUUAUUGGCCAAUUGGGGAUUUUAUUCACGGCUAUCUUUAAUACCAAUAAUUUCCAUAACGUUCAUUUUUCCAUGGUUGGGAUUUUCAUUGCUGGCUCCUUUUUAGCUUGUCUUUUCAAUGACUUUAAUACUUUUAUCUUCGGUAAUUUCCCUUCAAGAUUAUGUCCAAACCAUGAACGUGUCUUUUUCGGUCAACAUAAAUGGGCUAAUUUAUAUAUGGUUUCUUUCUUUAUGAAGGUGGUUUGGUUAUGUCUUGCUGUUGUCUUUGCAGUUUGUUUUGGUGCUCUUAUGUAUAACGAUGAAUUAUCUCCUUCGGCUGCUUUUGAAUGGGCUAUUUCCUUUUGGUACGGCUUUGUUCUUGUCAUGUGGGCCAUUGAUUUGUUUCCCUCUGCGGUUAAACACUAUCAAAUUAGACAUCCUGAAAUGUACCCUGCUUACGAUAACCAUACCGGUACUUAUAUGGGUGCUGCUCAUGAAAAAAAUGAUCAAAACUCUUCCACUACAACCUCGGAUCAUGGCACCUAUGUAAAUGCCGAAAAUAACCAUUUAAUCAAUCAUGAUGAUAACUUUAACCAAAACUAUAGAGGUCCAGUCGAAUCCGGUCCUUCCCAAGACGUUCCUACCUAUAAUUCCCAUCGUUAUAACCCAAACGCUCCUCACCAUAUAAAAGGCCCAUCAAACGCUGAAGAUACCUUGUAUAAUAUGCAAAAAGAACCAGAACAACCGGCUUCCGCCUUGACUAGAGAUUAAUAAUUGACUUUCUUUUCAUUCUAUUUCAUUUUCUAACUUUGUAUUUAUAUUUUGCCUUUAUUUACUUGUGUGUGUAUAUUAUAAUCAUAGCUAUACCUUAGGUUCUACACUUA